AUGUGGAGAUCAGCUCCACAGUUGAUUCGGGUCCAAGAACGAGAGAAGGACGUCGUAAUGGCCCUUAUUACUAGGAAACUUCGAUCCAGAAAUUACGAAAUUCAUUGGGAUCCAAGGCGCAUGAACGUGGCGCUCACGAGAUAUCGCCAUGGCCAAUUCGUGCUGGGCCACUACACGUCGAUAUCCGGGAUCAAUUUCUCCACCGUUAAUUUGUCGUCAGAAAAGGAAUCCGGCGCUGUUUUCGGAGAUUCCAAAAAAAAAUCUCAGCUGGCCUGGCAAGACCAAGAUCAAUCAUGCGUGAUCAAAAAGUUCAACGAUCCAUUCUAA